AUGUCUACUGCAAACCGCGUUCAUUCAACACGACACCGAAACUAUCAGCGCGACACCAAAACUAUCAAGCGCGACAUGGAAACCAUGCUGACAGAAGCCGACUAUAAUACCAUACUCCAGAUGCCAAUGGUUGCUUCUGCUGCUUCUUCGGUUCACAAUGCUUGUCUCAAGGGAACCCGCCAGGCCGUCCUACAGGAAAUCUGGCGUUGGGCCGGAGAGGAGACAUCAGAAACGCCCAUUUUCUGGCUCUGUGACAUAGCUGGCUCGGGUAAAUCAACAGUCGCAAUGUCCGCUAUAGAACAUUGGAAAGCGGAAGGGACCCUGGGUGGCACCUUCUUCUUCUCCAUGUCGAACAGCGAAUCAUCCACUACCGACAAGCUCUGUUCCACCAUUGCUAGAGACUUGGCUCAACACAUUCCCGAGCUGGGUUCAUAUAUCGCCAAGGCCUGGAAGCAAAACCCUUCCAUCCAGCGAAGCUCGUUCGAUGAACAGUUCCGGACGCUCAUCAGUAGCCCACUCCAGUAUCAACAAAAGCGAGUGAUUCUGGUCGUAGACGCCAUGGACGAGUGCAAGUCUCGACAACAGCGACAAGAACUUGUAAAGACCCUCGCUGCCGCCGUUCGGGAGAGCAAGAAUUUACGAAUAUUCAUCACCAGUCGGCCAGACCCUGUCAUCGAAAGGGCGUUACAACCUCUUUCAAUCAAAUUCAAGUUGACAGACCGCCUCCACGAUACAAUCCAUCACGAUAAUAUCGAUGACAUCGCGACUUAUAUCCAUCGGUCGCUCGACGGUCUGCUAUCCCAUGAUGAGAGGCAGCGACUGGUCAACAAGGCCAAUGGGCUGUUCAUUUGGGCGAGCACUGCAUGCCGAAUGCUGGAUGAUGAAUCUUCUCCAGUCAAACCCAAGGUUGUAUACGAUCGCAUAAUGUCAAUCGAUCAACCUGGAGCGAUUGAUGGCGUAUAUGACUUGGUAUUGGAGCGCAUUGACGAAAAGUUCAAGCCGAUCAUUGUCGAAAUGCUCGGUAUGCUAUUUUGCGCGCUCGAGCCACUCACCAGCGACGACUUGGACGAUCUCAUUGAGCAUACUCAAGGACAAGGGAGUGCCAAAGCGUUGAUACGGAUUCUAGGAAGCGUACUGAAGGAGGAUCCAAUCACCCACACGAUCCAGUUUCGCCAUCCCACCUUUGUCGAAUACCUUCGGCGAGGUCGCAUCACCGGGAAUAAAGAAAGCGACAACAGAAUAGCCAUUGAUACUGCCCGUGCAAAUGGUCAAGCCGCAUCCUGGUGUCUACACCGUCUCAAAUCGCGCACGGAGGGCCUCAGGUUCAACAUAUGCCGUAUCGAGUCAUCCUUCUACCUGAACAGGCAGAUUCCAGACCUCCAGGAGCGAGUAGCCAAAUUCAUUCCGCGGAGACUUCGCUAUGCUAGUUUGCACUGGCCAUUCCAUAUAGCCGCAAUGGACAGUGACUGGGGACGCAAGCUAAGGAGUGAGCUGGCGCAUAUAGUCAAAAGUCCAUUCACACUCUAUUGGAUGGAGAUCCUGAGCGUGACUGGAGGAGUGAUGCGGGGAGUGUCCGGACUGCAAGCUGCAUGGCAACAUAAGAGUCUCGAGGAGGAGGUUAGAGGUCGGAUGAAUGACAUCAGACGGUUCUUGAUGGCAUUUGCUGUACCGAUCCAAGACAGCGCGCCGCAUAUCUACAUCACAGCGCUCCCAUUCAGUCCGCUAAAGUCAAUACUACGCACAGAGGGUUUAAAGGAGCAUAUGAACUCAGUGUUGGUGACCAGAGGAGCCGAAGAAACGUUUCCUGGGCUUCCCAGAGCGCUGCUAGGUCACCAGGAUGUUGUCAGAACGGUUUCAUUCUCACCAGAUGGCACGCGAAUCGUCUCUGGUUCUGACGACACGACAAUUCGACAGUGGGAUGCGGAGACUGGCCAGCCAGUGGGAGAGCCACUCCGAGGUCAUGAAGAAUCGGUCAAAGCUCUCGCAUUCUCACCAGAUGGCACGCGAAUUGCCUCUGGCUCUGAAGACAGGACAGUUCGACAGUGGGAUGCAGAGACUGGCCAGCCAGUGGGAGAGCCACUCGGAGGUCAUGAAUGGAGGGUCCAUGCUGUCGCAUUCUCACCAGAUGGCACGCGAAUUCUCUCUGUCUCUGACGACAGGACAAUUCGACAAUGGGAUGCAGAGAGUGGCCAGCCAGUGGGAGAGCCACUCCGAGGUCAUGAAUGGGGGGUCAAUGCUGUCGCAUUCUCAUCAGAUGGCACGCGAAUUGUCUCUGGCUAUUACGACAGCUCAAUUCGACAGUGGGAUGCAGAGACUGGCCAGCCAGUGGGCGAGCCACUCCAAGGUCAUCACUUCUCGGUCUACGCUGUCGCAUUCUCAGCAGAUGGCACACGAAUUGUCUCUGGCUCUAAAGACAACUCAAUUCGACAGUGGGAUGCAGGGACUGGCCAGCCAGUGGGACAGCCACUCUGGGGUCAUGAAGAUUCGGUCAAAGCUCUCGCAUUCUCACCAGAUCGCAUGCGAAUCGUCUCUGGCUCUGACGACAGGACAAUUCGACAAUGGGAUGCAGAGAAUGGCCAACCAAUGGGAGAGUCACCCCGAGGUCAUCAAUUCUCGGUCAACGCUGUUGCAUUCUCGCCAGAUGGCAGGCGAAUUGUCUCUGGUUCUGACGACAUGACAAUUCGACAGUGGGAUGCGGAGACUGGCCAGCCAGUGGGAGAGCCACUCCGAGGUCAUGAAGAAUCGGUCAAAGCUCUCGCAUUCUCACCAGAUGGCACGCGAAUCAUCUCUGGUUCUUACGACAGGACAAUUCGACAGUGGGAUGCAGAGACUGGCCAGCCAGUGGGAGAGCCACUCAAAGGUCAUGAAUGGAGGGUCCAUGCUGUCGCAUUCUCACCAGAUGGCAUGCGAAUUGUCUCUGGCUAUGACGACAUGACAGUUCAAAAGUGGGAUGCAGAGAGUGGCCAGCCAGUGGGAGAGCUACUCCGAGGUCAUGAAGGGAAGCUCAACGCUCUCGCAUUCUCACCAGAUGGCACGCGAAUCGUCUCUGGCUCUGAGCACAUGACAGUUCAACUGUGGGAUGCAGAGACUGGCCAGCGAGUUGGAGAGCCACUCCGAGGUCAUCAUUUCUCGGUCAACGCUGUCGCAUUCUCACCGGAUGGCACGCGAAUCGUCUCUGGAUCUUUGGACAGUACAAUUCGACAGUGGGAUGCAGAGACUGGCCAGCUAGUGGGAGAGCCACUCCAAGGUCAUGAAUGGGGGAUCAAUGCUGUCGCAUUCUCACCAGAUGGCACGCGAAUUGUCUCUGGCUCUGAUGACAAGUCAAUUCGACAGUGGGAUGCGGAGACUGGCCAGCCAGUGGGAGAGCCACUCCGAGGUCAUGAAGGGAGGGUCAAUGCUGUCGCAUUCUCACCAGAUGGCACGCGAAUCGUCUCUGGCUCUGAGGACAGGACAAUUCGACAGUGGGAUGCAGAGACUGGCCAGCCAGUGGGAGAGCCACUCCGAGGCCAUGUAUCCUCCGUCAACGCUGUCGAGUUCUCACCAGAUGGCAAACAAGUUGUGUCUGGUUCCAUUGAUAUGAGAAUUCAAAUUUGGAGUUCGGACAAUGCUUCCGGCGCUUCGUUAACGAUGCGAAUUGAGCGGAAAGGACUUUCCUCCAGACACGAUACGACGAGUGCAACAAUUAAGCCGGAUUAUGCAUUUGCCACGGUGGUGGGUGUAUCACUCGGCAAGGUGACCUAUCGACCACCCGCCAACGUGCUCGAAGAGGCUAUGGCUGUUACGACGAGACUGCGACCGACAUUGGCUCGUGCGCUCUUGGGAUGGGAGCCUCGCAAGGCGGGUUUGGUAGAUGGCAUGGUGACCUAUCUCGAGGCGUACAAAGGAUCCAUCUCAACACUCUUGUACUGA